AUGCGCAAAAAACUGUUAUUCCUCUACAUCACAACCGAAAUUCUGACAGUUAUCGACGGAGUACAGUACCCCUGGACAUUCGACAAUGACUUAUUUGGAGGUCCCGACUUCUGGGGACUCCUCCAUGGUGACUGGAGAAUGUGCACAGCAGGGCAGAUGCAAUCACCAGUGAAUAUAGAUCCAUCACAACUUCUUUAUGAUCCACAUCUAAUGCCGAUUAACAUUGAAGGCAACAUUGUGGAAGCAGUAUUCGAAAACACGGGUCAACUUCCAAUUGUAACAAUUAAAGAUCUUCCGAAUAAACCAACAAUUAAUAUCACGGGUGGACCAACAAUGCCCUAUCGAUAUAAACUUCAUCAGAUAAGUGUUCACUUCGGCAGAGCAGAUGAAGGGGAGAAAGGAUCCGAACACACAGUGGAUCGAGUCAGAUUUCCAGCAGAGAUUCAGCUACUUGCAUACAACAGUGCAUUAUAUCCAAACUUUAGUAUAGCACAGACAUCUCCAAGAGGUCUUCUGGCUGUUUCUGUUAUUGUUGAUGUAGGUUGA